AUGCCCUGCAGCGCAUAUUUGAUUGAUUUUUUAUGUUUCUCCAGCGGCAAAUUUCAAAUCCAGGAUAUCGGCUUCUCCGUCACCGGAGACUUCUGCAAAGAAGUCCCCAAGCCCAGUGCCAGUUCCAGUCCCAGCAUCACAUCCCCAACCCGAGACAUGGUAGACGCCUCGAUUAAGAGCUUGAAUGAACGUGGUGGCUUUUCAUAUUUGGCGAUCAAGAAGUAUAUUGCGGCCGAAUACAAAUGCGAUGCCCAGAAGCUGACUCCAUUCAUCAAGAAGUAUUUGAAGUCGGCUGUUGCCGAUGGAAAGCUGAUCGAAACAUCGGGCACAGGUGCGUCUGGCUCGUUCAAGCUGUCAGCAUCUGUGGAGCGGAAAGAUAAAGAAGCCAAGAAAGAGAGAAAAGCCAAGAAUACAGCAAGCCCCAAAAGGGCGACCAGAGCCGCAACAAGAAGCCAAAUGCGAAAUGAAGCGAAAAUGUCAGACGCCGCCAAGAAGACCGCCCGGCGCGGAUGAUGCAAAUUGAGAAAGGACAAAGGGCAAGGAGGAAGGAGGAAGGAGGAAGACCGAUGAAAACUGGAACCCUGAAGGCGAAGCCGCCAGUGGCAAAGGUCAAGUCGAGCCCUGCAAAGACAACGGCCCUAGCAAGGGCACUAGCUCUUAACGACGACGAUGGCCUAAACGAGAACGAGAACGUGGAUGUGCGCGAUUGAUGGCCGGAUACGAAAUAUUAGGUAGACUUAGACAAACUAUAUCGGAAGAGAUACAAAUUAUCGUUAUACAUAUGUAAAUACAUAUAUGUACUGUGUUUAAUAUAAGGGAGAAUUAAAAAUAUAGAAAA